AUGAAUGCCACUGUCGAUGCGCUCGAUAUCGAUGAUGAUGAUGACGACGAUGCUGGCAUAUUCAGCAUCGCCAAUGACUGCCACAGUGAGGACGAUGACGCCCUCACUGGUGAAGACAACGUUCUUUCAGCAGUGCGCACAAAGAGCACUGCUGUUGACAAGGACGAAUCAGCAGAAGAAUUUCUGCUGACUUGCGAAGCGGUUGUUCUCUUCCUUCAAGAUUCGAUUGCAGAUGCAAUAGUGAAGCAGGAAGAAAUGCAGACAGACAUGAAAGUUCAGAUGUUUUAUUCAUUGAAUGAAGUAGACUUAGUUUUACUGUCUACAGUAAGUGUUCCAAAACACGCAGUGACAAACGUGGGCAGCAGCAAACUACUGCCCAAGCACAUCGUUACAUUUCAUGUGUUGCGCCAUACUGGCAUCGCAUACACGGUUAAAUUGCCUUGUAGGAUACGCACGCAUCCUACGUUUCAUGUCGGACAUCUCCGCCCGUACUAUCAGUACGAGCCCGUUUCGAGAGGCGGAGAAUACCUUCGCGGUCAAAGGCCGAGACCACCUUCGAGUGGUCUCGUUUCAACUUACCAGUCUGGUCGAUUAGCGAAGCGACCUUCUCACGCAGUGGAGCGAUGUCUCGACGAGCUACAGCCAGCUCGUCACGAAGAGAACGAGUCGAAAGUUCGUUCUCAAGUUGUGUGA